ACUUUUCGCGUCGUUUACGACCUAACCUUACUUUUUACUUUCUUUUCUAUUUAUUUUCAUUUCAAUUUCCAAACAAAACAUUCAAACAAACACUAACAUUUGUAUUUAUCAACAAAAUUGUCUUGUCUGUAUUUAACCAGGUCAGAAUGUCUGACGACGAAAUCCCCUACGUGAAAAAAACCAAAACAAUUCACUACGGCUCCCUGGAAGACUCCGAAAGGGCUCGCAUCGAAGCCGAACAAAAUGAAGAGGCGAGCAGCAGCUCCGAUUCCGAGCCCGGGGCUCCGCCGCCGCCCCCCGAAACUAACAACGAAUACAUGGAGCUCGAAGAGUCGAUGGCCAGAGACAAACAGGCCUUGCUGGAAGAAUUCGAGAGGCGCAAAAAAGCACGCUCUAUAAAUGUUUCGACCGAUGAUGGGGAGGUCAAAAGGAAUUUACGUCAAUUGGGAGAACCUAUUUGUCUUUUUGGAGAAGGUCCUGCAGAUAGACGGAGUCGGUUAAGGGAUAUUUUAAGUAGACUAGGUGAGGAUUCAGUUAUCAGGAGGGAAGCUGAAGAAGAAAGAAAACUUUAUGAAAAAGAUCAGGAACAAACUUGGUACCAUGAAGGCCCAGAGAGUUUGAGAAUAGCUAGAUCUUGGAUAGCUCAUUAUUCCCUGCCCAGAGCCAAAGAAAGAUUAGCAGAAGCCAGACUACUUUUGGAACUACCUUCGACAACCAAAACAGCCAAAUACCAAGAACUCCAAAAGAAACUUCAACAAAUGGCCAUAUAUUCAUCACAAGUAGGCGACACAAGACCAAUUUCAUAUUGUCAAUUUUCCCCCAACGGCCAACUCCUAGCCACAGCCUCCUGGAGUGGAUUAUGUAAAGUUUGGACUGUACCCAAUUGUGAAUUGAAACAAACUUUAAAAGGCCACACCUGCAAUGUCGGAGCCAUAGUUUUUCAUCCGAAAGCGACAAUCUCGCAAGAGGAGAACAUCUGCAAUAUGGCCUCAUGUGCAGCAGAUGGAUCCGUUAAACUGUGGGACUUUAAAGGAGAAGAACCUAUAGCCGACAUUGAAGGACACAUGCCUCAUAGAGUUUCUAGGAUAAAUUUUCAUCCUUCUGGAAGAUUUUUAGGUACUUGUUGUUUUGAUAAUUCUUGGAGAUUAUGGGACUUGGAACAAUGUACUGAAGUGUUGCAUCAGGAAGGACACGUUAAACCAGUUUAUUGUAUAUCAUUCCAAAUUGAUGGUUCAGUAUGUGCUUCAGGGGGUUUGGACUCAUUUGGGAGAGUUUGGGAUUUGAGGACUGGAAGGUGUAUUAUGUUUAUGGAAGGUCACUUGAAGUCAAUAUACGGUAUUGAUUUUUCUCCAAACGGUUAUUAUUUGGCCACAGCAAGUGAGGACAAUACUUGUAAAAUUUGGGACUUAAGGAAGCGCGCUUCUCUCUAUACAAUUCCUGCACAUAAUAAUCUGAUUUCUGAUGUAAAGUUUCAAAGAGAUGAUGGUAACUUUUUGGUGACUGCUUCAUAUGACAAUACAGUAAAAGUUUGGUCUAACAAAACGUGGCAGCCGUUAAAAACACUUUCAGGACAUGACGGUAAAAUUAUGUCCUGUGACAUUUCACCAGACAGUAAUUUUAUUGCUACUAGUUCGUAUGAUAGGACUUUUAAAUUGUGGGCACCAGAAUAGAUUUAAGUUUAAUCGUAUUUUUAUAAUUUACUUAUAUAACAUAUGAAUAAAUAUUCUAGUUUGAAGUUAUACUUCUAAUUUGCCUUAUUGAGGCAACAAGUUUAGGCAAAUAUCCUAUACUUUGCACUUGAUAUUGGUCUGUGGGUAUAUUCAAUAGCAAUGACACUUGUUGAAGAUUGUCAGCCAUGGUUAUGCCUAAAUCUUGCAGGACGUUAUUCAAAUAACCUGUGAAAAAAUGUUUUAAUGGAAUACAUUGUCGUGUAAAAAUACUUACUUAUAUCAUGAACUAGUUGUCUUCUGGCAGCUUGGCUAAGCUUGGGUAUAGACAUGAUUUUAUCACAAAAUCCAUUGCAAGUGCCCCUAGCGACAAUUUGCAAAAAUAUUUGGGCUAAAGCUCCUUCAGUAUCUGGUGCGUCUGCGUAUUCUUGGUCUAUGGAUUUAAGUGCGCAAGAUAAUGAGGGAUUUUCUUUGAAUAAAAACGGUUCUAAAUGUUGGGGUAGUUCCAUUAGGUAUUGGCCAAUCUGGAAAAUAAUUUAUAGUUAACAGCUAAUCAUUGUUCUCA